AUGGAGGUUGAAGUGGGUUCGAAUCAAAUUUGUGACGCUGACUGUGGAUGGAGGUUGAAGUGGGUUAGAAUCAGAUUUGUGAGCACGUUUGAAUCAAAGGAUAGAGGUGCGACGCAGAUGAUGGAGGUGCGACGUCAACGAGGUUUCUGCGAUGUGAGAAUGGGUUUGAUUGAAGUAAUGGAGGUUGUAAUGGUUCAAAUCAAUGGUGGCUUCUCUAGGGUUCAAGUGGGUUCAGUGAGGCUCUGCGUGUUCAAGGAAGAAGAGCUGAGAUGA